AUGUCCAACUAUUAUACUCCACAAAACAAUCAAGUAUAUCCUCCACAACAAGCAUACCCUCCACAACAAGCAUACCCUCCACAACAAGCAUAUCAACAACAACAACAGCGACAACCAAAUUAUCCAAGGAACCCAUCUCCACAAUCACCAAACUAUAAUCAAUUACAACGUCAACAACAAGCUUAUCAGCGUAAUGAUCAUCAAACUGUUAAUUUCGAAGAUGAUUACUAUGAUCAAAAACCAUCAACAAACAAUAAAAUGCAAGAGAAAAUUAAUAAAAGAAAGGUUCGUAAAUUUCUUUUAUUUUAA